AUGACACUAAGAUUUCCCAUGAGAGCACUUUUCAACACCCCCGCUAUUCCGAGUUUGUUCCAAAUCUUACCCAACUCGACGACACUCAAAUUCGUUUCAUUGCUGCUCAUCCCAUUACUCUGUCACUUCUUUUCAUCUCCUAUUAUUGUCAUGAGAUUACUCUUAUUUAACACUCCAUAA